AACAUAAAAUGUGAAAAAAGUGAAGUGUUAGAACAAAAGGAUGUUAUUAGUAACAACAUGGGCAAUGAGCCACAUACUGCUUUACCAGCGAAAUAGUCACAAGAAAUUAAGUAUAAAAGGUCUUCUGACUAAUACGUUACACAAACACGUUACACAAACACGUGCUGCCUCGUGAGCACAAACACACAAUUGUUUUUAGGAUAAAAUAGAAUCAAAGCGUAUAGAAGCGAAAGAAGCAUAUGUUCCCGAUAUUAUACAGUGAUGAUUUACGAUUACUGCAACAUUUAAGUGCUUUAAUUUGAGAGUUUGCAGGCGAGAUAAUCACGAUCACUCAAGGGGUUUAUGUCGGUGUUUUUUUAGCCCUGGAAAUGGGCUUUUGCGAUCAGGCUUUACAAAUGUGAAGAGUGGGGAGUAGUGUGUGGAUGAGUCACAGCGGUUCAAUAAAAGGUCUGAUGUACAGCUGAUGCAUCAGCAGCGCGUAGCUGGCAACCAAUAUUCCGUCCGAGAGCUCGUCGGUCCUGCCAUCCAUAAAAUACACCGAGCCUCAGACGACUAAAAGGAGAUGAUAAUUAAACCUGUUCUCCGUCACGCCCUCUCGUUGUACUUUACCUCGUCAUCACCGUCACGCUGUUGACGCCUCGUCCAUCAAACCUGAGCGCAGGCAAGCCCAAGGUAUUGUUCAUUAUGAGCUGAGCAGCAGUGGUGGACCCCUCAGGGCAACCAAGAUCUUCUCUGCUGGCCUAACACUACCAAAACCACUAAUCAACAUGUACAACACUGCUUCAAAUAUAGAAUGUUUUUUUGUUUUUUUUCCCCCCAAUCAGAUUUCAGCCUCUAUUUGCUGCUAUGUCAAUCUAAUCUUCCCGGUGCCUUCAGAAUCAGUAGUGCUGGCAGAUACAAAUUUUAACUAGUGUAUUAACAAAAGGACUGUUUCUUUAAACAAGUAGAUUUCAAAUUCAUUCUCUACAGGACCAGAGCACUGGGACUUGAUGACGUCAGCAUUUUUCCGUUUGCUUUGUCCACAAAACUUUUUACAGCGAACUUUGACGAGCAAAACACAUCUGUUGAGAUUUGAACACACAUACAUUCAUUCAUUCACAGUGAGAAUGGAUGGAUGGAUAUAAAACAAAGAAUAGGAUCGUAUUAACAUACUGUUAAAUCCACAGCAUACAGAGACCCUUUUCCAGCAGUUGUCAUGGCAACGUCAAGGAAAAAAAAUAAAAGUACACCACAACAAUAAAAACAAAAACAAAGCGGCAACAUCUUUGGCAUGCCGAAGUAGUGGCAAAGAGAGAAAGAUGCGGAAAGCACUAGCACCACUUACAUUUAUUUUCUUGCAAGAAAGAGGAGAACGUGCAAAGAAUAGUCACUGAAUGCAAUAUAAACGAUCUUUUGAGUUAACACGGCAGCUUCUGUCACAUUUAUACCAAACAUGGAGCUGCCUCGUGGUGACAAAUAUACAAUUGUUUAUGGUUACACUUCCAUUAGAAAAACUAUGAAAACGACAGCGGGGCGUAAAUGAGAUGUGUCUGCUGCAGUUGGGCAUUAGGCACGGGGACCAUAAAGCUCAUAAAGCGGAUGGAUGGCUCAUACAUCAGCGAGCAUUGGCUCUGCUGCGCUGUUGUGCGAGUGGGGGGGAACUAAAAUUGGAUUACCGAUGCAGCCACACGCAUCACUGGAAUAACACCCACACACACAAAGUCAUACAUGUACAAAAGGCAUGCUCAAACUAUGUGAAAGUGACCAAUCGUCAAGCUCUUGUUGGCAGUUCAUCUGGGCCACAAUAAGCAACACACACAUACAACUCCUGAAUCCACGUGAUCAUAAACAGCACAUUAUGAUGAUGUACGACGUCCCAUAAAAGUCCGCCGCAACGGGAUCUGAGUCGGGAAGCUGCCGACCUCGACGUGUGAAAUCGGAUCCUAAAAGAGUUUACAGUCAGCUGGGCGGCGUCCCUUUCGAGAGAAACGGUGAUUUCAAAGCCAGAGGGACAAUAAAAGAUGACGAGGCAUCUCCCUAAACAAGUUGUUUCACCGCUUUUGGGGUGGGGGGGUCAUGUUUUGAUGCAGUCAUGAUACAAACACUGUAAAACCUAAUGGUCAUAAAGAGCUGUUUGGUUGUUUGCAAAAACGAGUCAUUAGGGAAAUUUAUUUCCUUUAUGGACUAUGAGAAAGACGAGUCCGAUGCAAGAAUCUUGAUGAUUUUCACUCUUGAUAACCAUCGUUGAAAUGUUCAAACAAAAUUUUAGAGCAUCAUUUCUAUACUAUCAUCCAAAUUUUAGGGCACUAUUUCGAGAAACUAGAAGCUACGAGUCUACUUAUUUCCAAUCUAAAAUGUUGCUUUUCAACAUUCUGUUUACCUUUCUGAAUGUAUGAAAGAAUCCCCAGGAUUUUUACGAGUCUUAAUCUUUCUUUAAAUGUUCAAGCAGAAUUUCAAAAUCUUAUGAAAGAAAUGAAGAUUUUUAAUUAGGUCCAACCUAAAUUUUCGACUAUCCAAUUGUAAAUGUAUAAAAGAAUCUUCAUUAUUUUCGCUAUUUUCUCUUUUACAUGUUCAAGCAAUAUUUAAGGGUGUUAGUUCUUAAGAAAGAAACCUACUGGUUUGAAUAAAAGAAUGACCCAAAAUGUAGCAAAAGCUGACGUAUUUCUUACACCACAAUUAUUACAAAUGGGCUAAAAGGCUCCUGCUUACAUGAGUUAAGAUCAACUGUAGUUUGCUUUAAUAAUUCUGCGGCCCCAGCUCGGCCUUAAUGGUCCCAAGAAACAAAAGUACAAAAGCCAGGAUUGUAAAACUGUCCGCGACUAAUGGAGCAAUCAGAUAUGCAGCAUCCCUGCAUCGCUUUCUACUGUGAUAUAAAUUAGGGCUGCACUCAGGGCUGGAAACGCUAACAGUGUGUUUUUUAUUUCAUUGAAAUAUUUUAUUUCUUGAGUGUAUUUAUUGUUGCCAUUCAUCAACAUACCGAAGAGAUUUGGCUAGGCAGAUGCAUCUCGGAAAAUGUUUUUAGGAUGCUGGUCGCAUUGAAGCAGACAGGAAAGAUAAGGACAUGAUGGUUUGUUUGAUACGGCGUCUUUGUCAUGUUGCGAUUCAAACUUGGCGACGGGCUCGCUCGACAUCUGUAACGUGACGCUCAGCAACUUGAGAGCCGCCCGUGGACAGAUUAGAUUAACCCAACGUGUCAAUGUUUGGUCAGGGUGUGCUGGGCAUUCCCAAUUUGUUUAGGACCCCAACUGCUUAUGUCCAAACACAUACACACCUUGACCACCUGUAUAUAAACCUGCUCCUGACCGAUUAUCAGCAUCAACUCCUGCAAGAAGGUGCAACCAUCUCACAAACUUGUGAAGACGCAAUGGACCUCAGAGCCAUCAUGUUCCUUCUUUUGCUGCAGCUCGUCACCCUCUGCCAUGCACGACCUGACUGGGACCAGGCCGUCGACAGCGAGAACUCGAGGGACCCGGCCGAGGAGAACAUCUCAGAAACAAUCCUGAGGAUGAACAAUGGUUCAACUGAAUACCUGAUAGAGGGGGAUGUGGUGAUUCCGAAAACGAGGACCGCCAUGAAGUGCACCGGCAAUGCAUACAGCUGCCUGUGGCCUAAGUCUCACAACGGCAAAGUCGAGAUCCCCUACAGCAUCAUGGACAAAUACAUUAAUUCGGAGAAGAGAACCAUUGUAGGUGCCCUGAGGGCUAUCGAGGCCAGAACCUGCAUCCGCUUCAUCCCACGAACAACCCAGAGGUCUUACCUCAGCUUUGAGCCCAAAUUCGGCUGUUUCUCAAUGCUGGGCCGCAUAGGUGAAAAGCAGUUGGUGUCGCUGCAACGUUUCGGCUGUGUCCAGCACGGCAUCAUCCAGCACGAGGUGCUGCACGCCUUGGGCUUCUACCACGAGCACACACGCAGUGACCGCGACCGGUACAUCCGCAUCAACUGGGAGAACAUCCAGGACUAUAACAAGUACAACUUUGAAAAGCAUGACACUGAUAAUCUCAACAUCCCCUAUGACUACAGCUCCAUACUGCACUACGGAAGGACCGCCUUUGGAGUGCGACAGGCCGUAACCCUCACACCCAUCCCUGACAGCUCUGUGGAAAUCGGCCAGCGGGAGGACCUCUCUGACCUGGACAUCCUCCGGAUCAAUCGUCUCUACAAGUGCUCCAAUUAAAAAAAAUGCAGGAUGUUAUAUGACAUGUCAUGUGACACUUUCAAUAAAAUAACCAUCCUAA